AAAGAAGCCAGAGAUGAAAAACCUGUAUCACGCCGUUGAUUGGGAGAAAGAGUCUUUCCCUGAGUACCAGGAUUUGAAAUUUCUCAUAUUUUUCGCUCUCUUCUUCCCCGUACUUCGAUUUAUACUCGACAGAUUUGUUUUCGAGGCAUUGGCUAAGCGCAUGAUUUUUGGAAAGAACGCAGUUGUAAAUAUCAACGGUCGUGAAGAGAGGAAGAAGAUCAACAAAUUCAAAGAGUCAGCAUGGAAAUUUGUAUAUUUUCUAUCUGCUGAGCUACUUGCACUUUCUGUGACUUGUAAUGAGCCUUGGUUCACAGAUAGUCGGUAUUUCUGGGCAGGACCUGGAGAUCUGGUUUGGCCUAAUCUGAAAAUGAAAUUGAAGCUGAAAUUGUUGUACAUGUAUGCUGGAGGAUUCUACUUGUACUCCAUAUUCGCAACGCUUUAUUGGGAAACAAGACGCUCAGAUUUUGCUGCUCAAAUAAUUCAUCAUUUAGCAACAGUAUCACUCAUUGUGUUGUCUUAUGUAUACGGGUUUGCGCGUAUUGGAUCAGUGGUUCUAGCACUUCAUGACGGAAGUGAUGUAUUCAUGGAAAUUGCAAAGAUGUCGAAAUACAGUGGCUUUGAUUUGAUUGCUGAUAUUUUCUUCUCUCUUUUCGCAUUGGCUUUUACAUCACUUCGUAUAAUCUGCUAUCCCUUCUGGAUAAUCCGAAGCACAUUCUACGAACUUCCUUUUGUACUGGAUAUGGAGAAGGAACGGACUACUGGGAUCAUACUUUACUUUGUUUUCAAUGCAUUGCUGAUGUGCUUGCUGGUUCUUCACCUCUUUUGGUUCAAAAUCAUACUGCGGAUGGUUAAGAACCAAAUCCUAUCAAGAGACCACAUUACUGAUGAUGUUCGAGAAGGUAAAAGAAUCAUCUGUUUCAUUGAUCAUAUAUACUUCCAGCAUGAUAGCUUGUGAUCUUACACUGCAUUUUUGUUUAUGAUCUGCAGAUUCUGAAUCUGAUGAUGAGCACGAAGACUGAUCCUUCAGUAGCUAAGAUCAAAAGUACGAUUUAUGGUUCAGGCUGAUGUUUGAAGCAUUCAAAUAUUUUAUAUUUCUUGUAAAGGCAGCAUUAAUUGAUGUUGAUGAACAAAUUAAACAUAGGAAAUUAUAGCGAAAUUCUUUAUUCUGGGUUCCAUUCAUGAGUAUUUGCCUGUAUGUAUAAGAAAAAAUUUACACUGUUGGAAA